UUUGUUUAUUACAAAUUACAUAAUCACUGUAUGAUUUUAAUGAUUGUAGAUAUGUCGUCUAAUCGUCGACGGAACACAAAUUCUUCCACACGAACAGGUUCAACUCAGCCAACCGAAAUUUCAACUCCUCCCACAGAAACAACAGUGCGGGUAAAUUUACUUUUACUUCUAUUUUUUAAUAAUUUUUUUUAUUAAAUUUGACAUAAUAAGUAAAAUUGUAUUUAUGAAAUUUGUAGAACAAAGACAAGUACAAAUGGUCGUACAUUCAAGAAAAAACAUUAAUUCAAUUGUUCGAUGAAGCAAUUGCCAUGAAUAAUUAUACUCUUAAGCAUCCUACUUCUAUCGGUAGAGAGUAUAUGGUUGAAAAGUUCAAUCAAGCGUUCGACAUGAAUGUAACUUAUGGUUUUUUCAAAAACAAGCUUGAUGAAUUCAAAAAAAGUUACAAGAGGUGGAAGUUUCUAAUGCAUAAAACUGGCAUCACGGUUGAUCCUGAGACAUCCAUGAUAUAUGCAUCUGACGUAUGGUGGAGGGAACAAGAGUUUGGAUGCAAAUUAACAAAAAGCAUGAACCGACGACCGCCUGAGUUCUGGAACGUAAUGCAACGAUGUUUCGUCUUAUAUGAUGUUCAAUCACAAUCUCAACAUUCUGCUCGCCAAAGAAGAGAACAAUUGAUCAACGAGCAUCCAAUUGAUGAAGAGAGCCAAGAUGACUCAGACGCUGAUAGUGGUGAUGUGCCUCAAACACAAGUUCCUGAGACGCAAGAAGAAGAAGAAGUGUAUCGUGUUACAAUUGAUGUUGAUGAAACAUUCCAAAAUUCCGCUACUAUAAACCAACAACGAGGUAGGCAAUAUGUGAUUUGAAUAUGUUAUUCACAUAUAUUUGGAAUGGAGCACCUGGAUCAUGUCACGAUACAGCUGUUUUGCAAAUGGCACAACAAAGUGAUUCUGAAUUUCCUUUGCCUCCGUCAGAGAAGUAUUAUCUUGUUGAUUCUGGCUAUCUAAACAAACAAGGGUUUUUGGCUCCUUAUAGAUCAUCACGAAACCGAGUUGUGAGAUAUCAUAUGUCACAAUUCUAUUCUGGUCCUCCUCCAAGGAAUAAACAUGAACUGUUCAACCAAUGCCACGCAUCAUUACGUUCUGUUAUCGAGAGAACUUUUGGAGUUUGGAAGAAAAAAUGGAGGAUUAUUUCUGAUUUCCCAAGAUAUAAUGUUCACAUUCAAAAAAGAGUAGUAAUGGCUACAGUGGGAUUACAUAUAUUCAUCAGAAUUUCAAAUUUCUCAGAUGCAGAUUUCGCAGAUGUAAUGACAGAAACAAAUAUAAACAAUGGAGAUUUUGAGCAUGAUGUAGGUGACAUGGAUGCAGCAGAGUUAGCAGAUGGAGAACAUAUGACGGAAAUAAGAGACAAUAUUGCAAAUAUGUUAUGGGAAAAUCAAAAUAAUAGAUAAUACUUUUUUUAAUAUGUUGUACUUUUUUUAUGAUGAAACUAUUCAACGGUUUUAACAAUAUGUAUGUUAAAAAAUUAAGUUUAUAUUUUGAUCACUUUGUGUAUUAACGGUUUAUAAUUAUAUGUUAUUGUUUCUUCGUUAACAAAAAAAAUUAAUUAAUCAUUAAUAUAUAUAUAAUCUAUAAUCUGGACCGCUUAUUGAUUUGUUACCAUUCAAACAUUUUAUUAUGUACCGCAAUUAGUUUUUUCACCAAUCAAACAUUAUUCCGUACCGCUUAUUUUGUACAAACCGCACUUGUCCCGCAAAUACUUUUCUCCCGCACGUACCGCAGUUGAACCGUACCGCACUAUAAUACCGCUUUUCCCGCACAACAAAAAACGCUGUUACCAUUCGG